GUUCACAAGAUCAUCUAUAAAUAGUCUAGGGUUUUCUCCGUUGCGCUUCUCCUACCACCAGAGCGCCGCUGAGGUCCAGAGAGGAAGAGCUCUCGCAAUGGCGUCGGAGAAGAAGCAAUCCAAUCCCAUGCGGGAGAUCAAGGUGCAGAAGCUCGUCCUAAACAUCUCUGUUGGGGAGAGUGGUGAUCGUCUCACUAGGGCCGCCAAGGUCUUGGAGCAGUUGAGUGGGCAGACUCCUGUGUUCUCUAAGGCGAGGUAUACUGUGCGAUCCUUUGGGAUUCGACGUAAUGAGAAGAUUGCUUGCUAUGUUACAGUUAGAGGUGAGAAGGCAAUGCAACUACUGGAGAGUGGCUUGAAGGUGAAAGAGUAUGAGUUGCUGAGGCGUAACUUUAGUGACACUGGUUGCUUUGGCUUUGGCAUUCAGGAGCACAUUGAUCUUGGAAUCAAGUAUGAUCCAUCUACUGGAAUUUAUGGAAUGGAUUUCUAUGUGGUGCUUGAGCGUCCUGGUUACCGUGUAGGACGCCGCCGACGCUGCAAGUCUCGUGUUGGGAUUCAGCACCGAGUCACAAAGGAUGAUGCCAUGAAAUGGUUCCAGGUCAAAUAUGAGGGUGUCAUCCUGAACAAGUCUCAAGCAACCGCUGCAUAAAUUCGGAUCCCCUAUAUUUUUGCUUUCAGAAGAACAAAGCAGCAUCUUAUUCCUGUGUUUUGGUUUUUUUUUUUAUCAAGUGUCUAGAGACCUCCUUAAUGUACUCUACUUCCAAGGCUUAAAAUUUUGCUUUUUGUGUUCUAAAAUUUAUGAGCUUGGCCGUAUUUGGAUUUUA